AUGCUGCCUAAGGGUGGUGACACCAAGAGUGGCAAGAUUGCCUUGGACGCAACUCUCCGAAACGCUGUGGUCUACCAGAAGAUAAGAAGAGAAGAAGCAGCAAAGAGGCUGAAGCCGGAGGACCAGCGAAAUGUGUAUGUGGAGCGCAGCGACAUUUGGGUGAAAAAGAUGGCCCGCAAGGCGGGUGCUCUUGUCAUUUUCGUUGUCGAUGCAAGUGGUUCCAUGGCAUUGAACCGAAUGCAGAACGCCAAAGGGGCCGUGCUCCGACUGCUUGAGAAUGCCUAUCAAAACCGAGAUCAGGUGGCCCUCAUUCCGUGCCGUGGCAUCUCGGCAGAGGUGCUCGUCCAGCCAACUUCCUCUGUCGCACGUGCCAGCGGAAGCAUGAAGGUUCUGCCAUGCGGUGGUGGCACUCCCCUUGCGCACGCACUUUCACAGGCCAUCAUCUUGGGAAGCAAUGCGAUGAAGAGUUCCGAUGUUGGACAGGUUUGCUGUGUGGCCAUCACUGAUGGUCGUGCAAACGUUCCACUUGCGGUGAGCGAGGGUGACCAGAAUGCCCUGGAUGAAAACGGGAAGAUGAAGAAAGUGCCGAAGGAAGACUUGCAGGAGGAAGCUUAUGUGCUGGCAGACAAGAUGAGAGCACUGGGUUUCAAGUUUCUCCUCAUCGAUACUGAGAACAAAUAUGUUUCGUCCGGUGUUGCCAAGACCCUUGUUGACCGUGCAAACGGAAGGUAUUACUAUCUACCGCGAGCCGAUGACAAAGCUAUUGCUGGCAUUGCCAGUGAUGCCAUAAACGAGAUGAAAGCCAGAUAG